AUGUUCAAAAACGGCCAUUUCAAGGAAUCACAGGACCAAGCACUCGACCUAGAAGAGAUGGAUGGUGUUAUCUCAACCCGUGCCCUUGAAGGACUUCUUCAAUGGCUAUACCGUGGCAUCAUCAGAUUCGAUAUCGAGAGCCGCGAGGAGAAUAUCUCUGCUGCCAUGGAGCUGGUAAGAUUUGCAGACAUGUAUGAAAUACCUGGAUUGGAAGCCGAAUUGGCAAAAUAUAUCAAAGAUGUACUUCUUGACGCUGAUUUUGGACUCUACGGCAUUGAUCAAAACACAUGGUUUAUCAACUCCGAUCACAUCAUCUCGGCAUUGAAUCUGCCUCGUGGUCAUGCUGUACGACGCCUUCUGGCUGCUGCUUCGGUCGAAGGGUACAUGCGAAGCGACGAAUAUAAAUUUGCAGACCUGACUCAGAAGUAUCCUUCGUUCGGUGCUGAUCUACUCCGCGAGGUACAGUUGGCAUUGCGUGGGGUGCGCCAGAGUGACUUAUCUUUGGUUGAUCCCAUCCGCGGAGAGAGAAUAUACAUAAAUGAUAGGUAA